AGAUCAGACACACGCUGCAGUUGCACCAACUGAGAAAUGCUGCAGUGCGAAGGAUAUAUGGCGACUCAAGGUGCCUUAGUUGACCAUGUAAGUAAACUAUUCAUUCCUUAGGUAUCAUUGAAGCUAACAUAGAGCAAUAUGUUUGUUGGUUCAACUUUUCAAGGUGUGUUUCUUGCACAGAUUCAGGUCGAAGAGAAUUUGCAUGCGAGAACAGUAAUCCUAAAUCGGGCUCACAAGUUAAUGCCUUGUCAUCUCAAAUGGUAAUUAUUAUGUUCGGAUGAAGUAUAUAUUUUCAAGUAAAAGAAGAAGUUCUUAAUUUAUAGACUCUCUUGCUCGAUUGAUUAAUUGUUAGGUAUCUCGGCUGCAUGAAGUUUUCAUGAAGUGCGAGAAGGAUCCUGAAGUCAAAUUUGUAACCCUGAUGGUCAUUGGAGAUUAGGUGCUAAAUGUUUUACGAACCUAUACACCUUACAGUACCGAGUUGCGACAUUCAGUAAACCCCAGGUUUCGAUCCUUAAUGGAAUGGUGAUGGGAGCAGGAUGCGUAAUUUCAGUUCAUGGUAGAUUUCGUGUUGUGACCGAUAAAACGGUUUUUGCUAUGCCAGAAAUUGGGAUGGGAAUAUUAGGGGAUUUUUUUUUUCUGUCUAGACUCCCUGGCUUCUUUGGAGCAUACCUCGGUCUUACUGGUGCAUGGUUGGAUGGCGCUGAAAUGCUUGCAUGUGGCCUUGCAACACACUUUGUCCCUUCGAUAAAACUGAGAUUGCUAAAUGAAGCACUAGACAAGAUGAACACAAGUGAUCCAGCUAUUAUCUCAGCAGUUAUUGACGAGUUUUCAGAGCAACCUCCUUUAAAACAGAGGAGUGCUUAUCAUAGACUAGACAUCAUUAACAAAUGCUUCUCAGAAAGGACAGUCGAAAACAUUAUCUCGGCCCUUGAGCUUGAGUAUGUGAAAGGAGGGGAUCCUUGGAUUGCUGAAGCUGUGGAGUCAAUGAAAAAAGCAUCACCGAUUGCUCUUAAAGUUUUUCUCAAAUCGAUCAGAGAAGGAAGACCACAAGGUCUUGGCCAGUGCAUCAUCCGGGGAUAUAGAAUUUCGUGUUAUGGUUUGCAAGUUGGCCAAGAUAUGUUUGAGGGUUACCGAGCUUACUAUUUGCGUAAAGACCGAACUCCAAGGUGGGAGCCUUCUAGGUUAGAGCUUGUUACCGAUGAAAUGGUGGACCGGUACUUCUCGAAGGUGGAUGAUGAUGAGUGGGAAGAUCUAGUCCUACCAUCAAGGUCGAACUCGUCAACCUCCGUUAAGGCAAAGCUCUAAGGAUUUCCUGGGAUUGUGUUUAGUAUUGCCUGCAGUUCUGUGCAAAGCCUUGAAGUUAUUGGUGUUUUCAUCGAAAGACCUUUUAAUUAGGACAUGUUCGUGGUCAUUACAUGUAGUAAAAACCUUAGGUUGAAGACCGUUGCAAUGAUGCUCUACUACUGUGCUUCCACUCACACUAUUGUUUUCUUAUAUAGGAAAAUGAUCAAUUAUUUAAAUUAUGGUUUAGAAAUAAUUAAUUUAGUUCGUAAAUGACUUACCGGCGAAAGAAUAAUUAAGCCAUUUGUUCCUCC